AAGUGUUUUGGGAUUUUUAUAGGCUUAUGUUCCUUCAAACAUUCACAUUCACACCCGCACAUCCAAACAACCAGCUCCCUUGGUUCUGCUUUUUCGGUCAGUAUGAAGUACCCAGUGGCGAUUCUUCUCUGUGUGGGACUACUGCACCAGACUGUGAGGGCUGUCAUCAUGGAUAAACUAGCAGACAACAAGAUUUGUGGAGAUUCAGAAUGCUCAUAUGUUCUCUCUAUGGCCACGGCCUUGGAUGACUUCAUAUCUCCUGACUGUAGAUUCAUCAACAUCAAGAAGGGUCAGAUGGUUUAUGUGUAUUCUAAACUUGCACCAGAGGAGGGCGCCGGAGUCUUCUGGUCUGGAAGCGUUUACAGUGAACGGUAUGUGGACCAGAUGGGCAUCAUCGGAUACUUUCCUGCAACUGUCGUGAAGGAGACAUAUAAGUUUGUGCAAGACACAGUUAAGAUCCCCACAACUGAAAUGGAUUUCUAUUGUGAUUAAGGAAGACAGACUGAAGGCUCUCUCUGCUCAAGUCUUUACUCACUCUGAUUUUUAUAAAGGAGAGUUGACAGUUUUUCUCUCAAGCCAUUGUGUCUGACUAUAUGCCAUUACACCCUGUGAUAUUGUCUCUAUAGCAGAAUGAAACCCAGACACUCAGUUCUCCAUCGCCCACAGUCUGACACCCCUGCUGUCGGGUCAGCUAGUCCUUUCUCUCUUGCUUGAUCUUGACAAGAUGCAUUGUUCAAUAAAGCAGUUUUCAUGUCUAUUCAAAAUGUUGAUUAUUUGAAAAGAUAAGAAUUUGUUGUCUAGAUUGCUACUUUGGUUCUUCAGAAUUAGUGAAUUUUAUUGUAAAUUUCUGCUGGCACAAGUAACUGGAUACAAGGUUGGGAACCGCUUUAUUAAAUGACUCUCAUUAAUAA